ACACAGUCUAAAUCGAAUGAAAGAUAAAGCUAUUAAUCAGAUUAGAUGUUUACAAUUUUAUGAGCUACAUGUAAAAGUUAUUCUCAUGUCUAAAAUUCUAAUAUGUCAUAUCAAGAUAUGCAUUUCUUCUUUUUGCAUUCUUCUUAUGAGUUCAAAUAUAUUUGCGUAAAAUAAAAAUAUGGACUGUGUAAUAACACCCGGAAAUUGAAUUUUUCUUUUAUUUUGUCUAACUAAUUUUUCCUCAUAUCUUGUUAAUUUCAAAAGGCAACAACAUAAAAGCAAGCCAGUUUCAAAAGUGUUCUGAAAAAUUGAGCCCAGAUAAAUGAACAAUGGAUAGAUGGCAGACUUGUUGGAUCGCACUGGUGCUGCUAAGAAUCUUCUGGACUCUUCUACCCCAAUCAGGUUACAUCCAUCCCGAUGAGUUCUUCCAAAACUCAGAAGUUGUAGCAGGUGAUGUACUCAACCUGCGUGUGCGGCGAACAUGGGAGUUCAACAAAACACAACCAAUCAGGAGCAUGCUCUUCCCCUACAUAACAACUGGCAUUCCAUUAUUUGCAUUGAAAUCUAUUCAAGGCUUGCUCAAUAAAUACACUGUGCAGUUAGACGUUAUUACCACAAUGAACAUGGUACGAGCUUCAAGAAUCAUGACGCUAUUCCUGAGCUUCCUCUGUGACAUCAUGCUGUAUAAAAUAGCGAAGAUGUUAAGCUUACCUGCUGCUAAAUGCAUAGUUUUGUUCGCUAGCUCUUACGUAACAUUGAUUUACUAUACACAUACAUUUUCAAACACGAUUGAAGCAUUCCUCUAUACCGCAUUCCUAUAUUUUGUGAUAUCAUCGUUGAAACUCAGAGAAGCAUCAAAAGCAAAGGAUAAGAAGGAGAACACUGAAGAUGAUAAAGCAGGUGAAGAAAAAGUGAACACAAUUGCUUUAUCUUCAAUCAUUGUGUUUGGGAUAUUCAACCGACCGACAUUUAUAGUGUUUGCCAUUGUUCCCUUCCUAUACUGGAUGUGUUGUGAUUUAUUGCCUUGGAGACGAGAAAGCAUUUUUAAGAUGUUACACCGUUGCUGGCAAUGCUUCCCAGGUGUUCUCUAUGCCACAAUGACUGUCAUUCUCUUUGAUUCAUAUUAUUAUGGAACCUUUCAUGGAAUCCCAGCAAAGGGGAUCCUCCAUGUUAAAAUGACUGAUUUUACAAUAACACCCCUCAACUUCCUGAAAUAUAACCUCGAUGCAAAAAAUCUAGCAAAGCAUGGAAUUCAUCCUAGAUGGUCACACCUUGUGAUUAAUUUAGUGCUUCUGUUUGGCACAAUGGAUUUAACCAUCAAAUUUUGCUUCUUCUAUGACAAAAUGAAGAGCGUAUUUGGAUCCCAGAGUGAUGAAGCAAACGCAGAGAAGCCUGAUUUUGCAUCGAGAAUAACAAGCGUGUUAUUCUAUUGUUACUUCACCCCUGUUGUUUUGCUGUCAUUUUUCCCGCACCAAGAGCCAAGAUUUCUUAUUCCACUACUCGUUCCAGCCAUACUGGUUUUCCUAUACAGAGCUCAACAUUGGGGACAUUUGCUGCAUUUUCUCCUUACAUCCUGGUUCUUCUGGAACACCCUGGGUUGCAUCCUAUAUGGGGUACUCCACCAAGGGGGUGUUAUACCUGCUAUAGGGCACCUCCAGGGUAUCCUGGCAAAUUCAGGUUUCAGCCACACGACUCACAUUGUAUUAUACCAUACAUAUAUGCCCCCUGAGCACUUGUUCGCAAUCCCUGCAGGCAACCAGCGUACACUCGCUCGGUCCCGGAUCCCGAACGUCGUCAUCCACGAUCUAGCUGGAGCUAAGGAGGAUGUACUCAAGGGAACAAUAAACAAAAUAAAGUUUAGUAUUCAGAAUAAUGCUCAUCAUGAAGUAUAUGUAGUGGCACCAUGGACUCUUGAUUACAUGUUCAAUGUUGAAAAGUAUGAUCUGGUUGAUUCUAAAAGUGGCCAUUUCAGUGCAGAAGAUUUUGUGGACUUUGAAGAUUUUUUCUGUAUUUCACCACAAUUUUACAAAUCUCGAUUUUGUGAUAAUUUUUCAUUUAUAGAACGAUUGAGGAUGGCUUUCUCAUUGAAUAUUUAUCAGCUUAUUAGAAAUAAAAAGUGA